AUGUGUGAGGAAGAGGAAAAGCAUGAGUCAAGGCUUGCGCUUGCAUUGGAUAUUGACCCAGCCACCAGAUUGCUUCGCACUUUCCUACCUUGUCUCGAGGCUCAACCAAGUCCAGCAUCUCCACAUUACGAACGGCUCUCUCCGUUUGUUUGGAAGGACAGUGCAUGGAAGAAAGUGGAAAGGCAACAUUGGCCUACAGUCCUUGACAAAAAAGAGCUUGUUCCACCAAAGCCCUUCCGCAUACUGGAUGCUCCGUUUCUUCGAGAUGACUUCUAUUGCAGCACACUGGCAUACUCUUUCACUUCCGGCAUCCUGGCAGUAGGCCUUGGACAUCGGGUCUUUCUUUGGUCCGAGGGCCGAGAGAUGGAUAAUCCGCCCUUCCGACCCCUGCACCGCUCAAACUAUGUAACCUCUUUGUCUUUUUCGUCCGAUAUUGGUGGAAGAAGCAUCCUUGCGGUAGCUCGUCGAUCUGGCCAAAUUUCGUUGUGGAGCACUUUUGAGGCGGAUGUUCGAUUCGAGAUCAGCCACCCUAAUAGCAUUUCAUGUGUGGCAUUCAAGCAAAGGACAUUUCGAAGAAACUCAGAGCGAUCCACCCAGAGGAAAGUUGAAACCGAAGGGCUAGCCGCUGGUGAUGACUUUGGUAAUGUUUGGUACUACUCGGUAGAGUGGCCUGACACCAAGGAUCGAGAAGAAUGGAACUGGAAUGGAUCCAUGACUUUGCUUGCCAAAAUCUGUGCUCAUACGCAGCAGAUCUGUGGACUUGCCUGGUCACCAGAUGAUAAAUACCUCGCCACUGGCGGCAAUGACAAUGCCUGUCUCUUGUUUGAAAUGAGCGAGAUUGUCCCAGUACAGCCUUUGGACACAGACUUACCCACGACACCGCCUGAUUCGCCGACUCAGUUCAGCCUGGGUGCCUUCCCUUAUCUUGCCCUGGGUACAGCAACGAGACGACUGUUCCAUAGACGAACUGCUCUCGAUCACUUUCUCCCAUCAUGGGUCCAACCUCCCCCUAUCAAGCCUCCGGCCAAACCUCCACUCUUGAGCAACGCCGGAACACUGAUAUCUGGAAAUGGACGAACCAUUUUGGUCCCUUUCAAUCGCCAAAAGCAUCGACUAAUGCAUUCCGCGGCCGUCAAAGCAAUUGCAUUUGCACCAUGGCAGCCAUCUCUUCUCGCCACCGGAGGAGGUACAAAUGAUCGCGCCAUCCACUUCUAUCACACCCGUAGCGGAGCGUGUCUAGCGACCAUCAAUGUAUUUGCCCAAGUUACCAGUUUGAUCUGGAGUCAAACCCGACGUGAGAUCGCUGCUACGUUUGGCUACUCCCAACCCGAUCACCCGUUCCGAAUCGCUGUCUUUGCCUGGCCCAGUUGCGCACAGGUAGCUGUCAUUCCAUGGGGCCCUUAUGGAGCCAGUUGGAAUGGACCUGAUCCACCUCCCAACAUCGAUUGUGGACGAGCUCUGUGGGCAGUGCAAUACCCAGGAAGACUUCAUUCUCCACUGGAUUUCCCCUAUGGCAGACAAAACAGCUGUUCUUCCUCGCGGUCGCCUUCAUUGAGUCGGUCACGAUCUCCGACCCGAAGUCGAGGUCGCCGACGCAGAUUUGAGCCCCGGGUAGUGAGCCCGAAGGAGAAAGAGGGUGGAAUCUGGUGCACGCGAACCAUGGAAGAGGGAUGUAUCAUUGUGGCCUCUAGUGAUCAAACCGUCAAGUUUCACGAGGUCUGGACCGGAAGCAAGAUCCGCACUGGCUCUGCUUGUGGCCCUUUUGGGGGCAGUGAUAUCCUUGAGGGUAUGGAGGGUAUUGAGAAGUCUGGUGGGGAAGUCAUUCGCUAG